CUCUCCCUUAAAUGGGCAAAAGAAAAAAAAACUUAAGACAAAUAUUGAAAAAAAUUGGAAAUACAAAUUGGAAAAAUAACUUUAACAGUUGUCGGGUUUCUUUUCAUACUUACUUAGAUAUACAAAGCAACGGAAGGAUUUUGAAAACGUAUUAUAUUUUCUAGUCAUCAGGCAGUGAUUUCUGAUGUUUGCCCGAGAUCAUGCAUACCGUGUACGGAAGCUGUAUAAGCUGAUAUUCCGAGUACACCGAGCCAUGCCUCCGGAACUCAGGAUCCUCGGUGACAACUAUGCAAGAGAAGAGUUCAAACGACACAAGCAAUGUAAUCCUGAAGAAGCAAGGAUAUUUCUUACUGAGUGGACAGAUUACGCUAUCCAUCUGGCAAAACAAAUGAAACCACUAAACCAAGUCAAGAAAAAGGAAGUAGGACAGUAUCUGGACCCUAAAUUAUUAGACCACAUGUCAGAUGAACAACUGAUGCAGUUAUAUGAGCUGCAUAGGGCUGCAUUCAAGGAAGACACAGAAUCAGUUGAUAGUUCUCGGAGUAAAGAGUGAGUGUAACUGCAUUUUCUAGUCUCAGAUGCAUAAGUAGUUGUGGAUUCUUAUAUGACUGUUAAAAUUAUGUAUUUUAUUUAUACAGGGUGUUAGUGAAGUCGUAACGAAUACUGAGAGGGACAAUUCAGACCAUGAUUCUGAGUUGAUAUCAAGUGGAAUUUCCUGAUGAAAAUUUUAGUGUUUUUUAAAUUAAUUUCAGUUCCAUAAUUUUGCGACCUAACAUUCCUCUUGAUAUCAACUCAGAAUCAUGGUCUGAAUCAUCCCUCAAAGUGUUUGUUACUAUGUCACUAACACCCUUUAUAGGUAUGUCUCACUGUUAUAUUUUUCUAGAAUAUAGAUAGAUAAGUAGUAAAUAUUUGUAUCAUUACUUGAUACUGGCAGUAUUGUGAUCACACAAAAUCCAUUAAUCAAGAAUUGAAUGAAUUAGGUAGACAAAUAUUAAUUUAUUUCUGGUUACAUAACCUUGAUUAAGUUUUGUUGUUAAUAGUGGUAAUUAGCUCAAACAUACAGAAUAGAAAUUUAAUACUAAA